AUGAUUGUUUCUUUACAAGAUGUUUUUCUUUCGUUUCCUUUUUAUAAUUUAUCUUUUUCUUUUUUUUUUUUUUGCAAGCAUUCAGUCCGUACCAUAACAACGGAAUCACAACAGGAAGGUAACUUUAAAAAAUACAACUUUCUCUUUUCUUGUCGCACAAAUUUCAAGUGUCUAUGGAGGUGUACAAUAUUCACUGAUUUCAUAUUGUUCUUCUGUUCUGCUCUUUUCACUAUGCAAAGCCUCAUCUUUCAAGUCACUGAUGAUGGCAUUGGAAUGACUAAAUUGCACAAACCUGUUCCAAAACCUAAAAAUUAUCUGAAUGAAAAUUUGAAGCGUGUUCAGCAGAUUGAGCAAAUGGCAAAGCUGAAAGCAGCAGAGAAAGAGCAGCCACCGAAACAAGUGUGGAAAUCAAAAAGGUUUGAUCAAGUGCCAUCCCGACUCAAGAAACAUUUACAGGAACCUCCUACGCCUCGUCCUUCCAGUGGUAAAUUCCUCCGAGCUCAUUCAAGAUCUGGUCCUCCAGUAAAAUUAUCUGACUGCUCACCAGCAGCUACCCCAAAAGAAAUACCAAUUGAGAAGCUUACAAUUCAACCUAUGAGUCAAAUGCCAGAGGUGAAAUCGACUCAUGAUAUUGACUUCAUAAAACUGAAUGGCCGUGCAACCAAAAACCUGCAACCUGUACGUCCAGCCAGUAGUCAACAAGACAUGGAUUACAAAAAGAAACAGGACAAAGAACUACGCAACUAUAAAAAGGGACAGGUUCCCAAAUACCUCAAAGAGAGACAAAUUCAAUGGGAAAGAGAGGAACAAGAAAGACUUGCCAAUUUGCCUGACCCCACUAUUCCUACAGGUCAUAGAGUUUUGCCUGAAAAUGAACGUGCGGAAACUUUGAGUCUUUUGAAGAAAAAUGAGGCUGACCUGCUGCAACAAAUCCAGAAACUGCCAUUAAGCAAUGACUCCUUGCGUGCCCAAAGAUGGCACCAACAACUUGAAACCAAACUUGCUGAAGUGGAUGAAGCCAUCAAAAUAUUUUCUAGACCAAAAGUUUUUGUCAAAAUUGAGUGA